AUGGGUCAGAAACAGUCGAAGCUUUCCCCGCAGCAGCUGGACGAGCUGGUCAAGACCACGCAUUUUGAUAAGAAGGAGCUGCAGCAAUGGUAUAAAGGCUUCCUCAAAGACUGCCCGUCCGGCCACCUCAACAAGGAAGAAUUCCAGAAGAUCUACCGCCAAUUCUUCCCCUUUGGCGACCCAUCCCCCUUUGCAAAUUAUGUGUUUCGCGUCUUUGACUCGGAUAACAGCGGCACCAUCGACUUCAAGGAGUUUAUAUGCGCGCUCUCGGUGACGUCGCGCGGCAGGAUGGAGGAUAAGCUGGACUGGGCGUUUCAGCUGUAUGAUAUCGAUGGCGAUGGCAAGAUUACCUAUGAUGAGAUGUUGGCUAUUGUCGAGGCUAUAUAUAAGAUGGUCGGCUCCAUGGUCAAGCUGCCCGAAGACGAAGACACGCCCGAGAAACGAGUAAAGAAGAUCUUCAACAUGAUGGACAAGGACGAAAACGGCAGUUUGGACAUGGAUGAGUUCAAGGAAGGCAGCAAGCGGGAUGAGACGAUUGUCAGUGCUCUGUCUUUGUACGAUGGGUUGGUUUGA